GCAAUUGGCAAUACAUUUUGAACGCACCACUCUUUAAGGCAACAUCACGGAGAAGGAAAAAUUAAAAAAAAAAAAAAAUAAUUGAAUAUUCCUUUUGUGAACGAAACGAAUGAGAUUUGCGCCUUGUCUGUUUUGAAAGUAAUGAAAUGGAAAUCAAUUUGAAGCUAUAAAAUUAACACACGAUCAUUAAUUUAGCAAGAAAAUAAACAAAAGUGACAACAAAAUUGUUUUAGGAGAAAAAUUUGUUAAAAAAAAUCCAAUAUAAAAGUGUGAUAUUAAAGAAAAAUCAUAAAAAAUCUCAAAACAUAAAACUUAAAUAGCGAGGAAAUCAAAAGAAGGUGCCAAAAAACUUAAAAAAGUGCCAAAGCAAAAUUUGACUGGAACAAACGGUUUCGAGACAAACAUCAAAGUGGGGCUGCUAAAAUUGAGAAGAACCAUUUCCUUUGGAAUAUCCGAUAUUCCAGAAUUCGGCUCAACGGAGAAAAGCAAAAUGGGAACUAUUGAAAAACGCUCAUUUUCAUUUCGCUUGCGAAGAUCACGAGGCGGCGAUGGGGGAAGCACUAAUUCGCGCAACAGCAAUAAUAACAGCAGCACCUGUACCAAUAACAAUCGCUGCAAUUCCCCCAUGACACCCACCAGCACCAGCAUGAAGUUGGAGGUGCCAAAUUCCAAUGCCAGCGUCAGUCGGCGCAGCAGUAUUUAUCGUAAGCCCGAUAAGGAUGACAGUGGUCUCAUACACAUAAUACGUGACAUUGAUUUGCCCUUGAUGACCUUCAACGAUCAGUACAAUAUUGAGAAGGUGCUGGCCGAGGGUUGCUUUGCCAAGAUUCUGUUGACCCUGCAUCGACCCACACAGACGACGGUGGUCCUGAAGGCUGUGCACGCCGAGUUGACCACCAUACAGGAAUUCCAAAAGGAAUUCCAUUUCAACUAUGAACUCUCGCAUCAACGCAACAUCCUAAGUGCCUACAAUGUGGCUUUUCAAACCAAGGAUUACUAUGUCUUUGCCAUGGAACAUGCCCCUUAUGGUGAUUUGGCCUCUAACCUCGGUCCGAAUGGUUUGCAUGAGAAUGCGGCCAAGUCGAUAAGUGAACAGUUGAGCUCCGCUUUGGGCUUCAUGCAUUCCAAGAAUUUGGUGCAUCGCGAUUUGAAGUUGGAAAAUGUUUUGGUCUUCACUCCCGACUUCACCCGAGUCAAGCUGUGUGAUUUUGGAGCCACCACCAAAAAGGGCACCUUGGUACACAAAGUCAAACACACCUGGACCAGUUUUGUGCCGCCCGAGAUAUUGGAGAUAGUGAAGAAUGAAAGAUUCCAUUGUUUGCCCUGCAGCGACUCAUGGCAAUUUGGCAUACUGCUCUAUCACAUAUUGACCGGCAAUCCGCCCUGGAAUGCAGCCAAUUGGGUUAAGGACCAAAACUAUAGCAAUUUUAUGAAAUACGAACAGAGAAAGACAACAAAAAUUCCCGACAACUUCCGCCGUUUCUCGCCACGACUUAUGCGUUGCUUCCGCAAAUAUCUCUCACAUGACCCCGAGGAUCGCUGCAAGGUAACUGAGGUGACCAAAUACAUGAAAGACCGUUGGGUGGAAUGUCGUUUGGCCAAUUCAAAGUCGGCCACCCUUAUAUCCCCCAAUCCAGAUCAAGAUUCCUGCAUCUAUCUCAAUCAGAAGGGUGAAGGCCGAAAAUCUCAAGAGGACGACAAUAAAUCCCGUUUACGGCGUAUGCUCUCCACCUAUGGGCUGGAUCACACACCAGUCGAUCAAAAUGCCAUACGCAAUCGUGUACUGGAAUGGUUGGCCAGCUGUGAUGAUAAUUUCGACAGGGAAAUUGAGAGUCUGGUGGUAAUGGAUGUAGCGCCGCAGUGAGCUCUCGGCUGUGGUGUAAACGAAUAAAAAACGAGAGAGAGAGAAACAGAGAGACUCAAAUUCAAAUAAAAUGAAAUGAAAUAAAAAAGAAAAUUACAGCAAAGACCUCCUACCCCAUAUAUAUCUAUACCCAAGCACCUUUCUGAUAAAGGCAGUGGGAGGAGGGAGGCACGAAAAGGUCAAUUUUGACAUAACUCUUGGGUGUAUAACAAAUUUGUGUAUACAAGUUGAAAAAACUGUUAUACUCAAAUCUCAAAAUUUCGAUUUCAACGAAACAUGCCCUUUCCCAAAAAAGUUCAAACUUGGCUUAAGUCACAUGGAAGACAUUUUUCGAAGGGACACAAUUGUCGGCAAAGUAUUUGCGCUGUUUCAAAGCAAACAUGAAGAAUUUACUAAAAUAAAUGACGAUCUAUGGAACUAUGUAGAAGGACUAGGUCCAUACAACAACAACAACAACAACAAAUUAUAAUAAUUAUUAAUUAGAAAUUAAUAAAAUAAAUACUUAUAGUAUGAAUUAUCAGUAUAAGUUUUAUACUAUUACACACACACAUACGCACAAAC